UCGAAGGCAACGGUUCGCAAUCGCGGCUGCUGGAAAAUCGAAUAAGAACGCCGACAAUGUUGUUUGCCGUUUUCACACGCGCAUAAUUUCGUAUUGCGAAUUUUGUUUAUGCAAACUGUGAAAAUGCCAUCGAAGUAUCGAAAAAUAGUGCAAGAAAUUGCAUUUUAAACAAUAUUCGAGUACGAAACUAUUUCUACAGUCAACGAACUGUCAUAGAGGCCAGAAGAGCGAAAGAGACGGAAGAGCCAGCGAGAGGGAGACAGAGACAGAGCGAGUCUCUUCUCCGCCUCUAUAAAUUUGCAUAGAAAAACACGACACAGAAAGCAGCAACAUCCCAGGAUGUCGCACGAAACAGCAGUUCCGGCAGCAGCAGGCUCGGCAGCGGUGGUGUCCUGUGCGGAUAACUCGUCCAAGGUGGAGGUCAUCGUGUACACCACCAAGUCGGACAAGACGCUGAAGCAGAAUAUGAAUGCCAAGGAUGAUACGCUCAGGAAGCGUACAUCCCUGAUCAUUGUGCCGCAGCAGGUGCAUGACAUCGAAGUGGAGGAUGGGGAGAAGGAUCCGGGGUCGAAGGCGAAGGAGAAUGGGAAUCGCAACUCAACGGCCAGCAUGGAUAGCUGCGUCUCGAACACGACCAGUCAGAGUAACCAGUCGAGUGGUGGCUCCAGUUCCUCGACGAGCAGCGGCAGUAGCAGUGGCUCCGAGGACGCCCAUGCCGCCUACCAGGAUCUGCAGAACGGCAAUGCUGGGCAGGAUCUGCACUCACCAUCGCCGGUGCCCAGGUGCCACUCGUCCAGCUCAUCCACCGGCUCGGAGUCCACCUCGUGCUCCAGCUCGGCGGACUAUUCGCUGCGGGAGCAGCUCAAGAACUUUGCCAACAGAACUGCCGAGGAGCAGCUCAGGUCGUCCGCAGCUGGAGUUGGAGUCGCUGGUGAUCCAACAACAGUUCGCCUGCUUAAGGGCAUGAGUCUGCCGGUGGGCGAUCAGCAGUCGGUGGCCCCUGCCAUCUGCGAUGCCCUACUCAGUCCACAGGAGGUUCCCCUGGGACGACGCUACGCCGAGGUGGCCCAGUUCAAAGGUCACCCCAAGGCAAGAACAAGUGAACCGCUUCCUUCUGCCGGGGCCACGCCCUCUUCUUUGGAGGCAGCCUCUCUGGAUGCCGGCAAUGCCCACGGUGGCAACAACAAUAACAUCAACAACAAUCACAAUGGCCAACAGUCACAAAAAUCUCAGCAACAGGCGAGUCUUAGCGCCAUUAGCAGCAAACUGAAUGUCCUGGCCCAGUCCAAUCUCAAUAACAACAACACGAGCAGUCAGUCAGGAUCCAUGACAUCCGCCCCAAAUCGCAAUGCCCUGGACUCGAAUCAAAACCAAAAUCCGAACGCAGACAGCCGCCGGAGCAGCAGCCUCGAUCCGGAUGUGGACGAUGUCGUGGACGCCGCCCACGGCGGAGCCUUCGAGGAUGACAUGCAGGCCCUCCUGCCCAAGUGCUCGCGUCGCUCCCGGGAUGAGCUCAGUCAGUCGCGCACAUCCUUGGUGUCGAGCUCGGAGGGUGGCAUCCUGGCCGAGGGCGAGACGUCCAGCGAGGACGACGAGGAGGAGCCCGUGGAGGCGGAGGACGAGGACGAGGACGACGGCGAGGAGAGCAGCCGGGACUCCAGCGACAACUCGCCGCCCUGCGAUCUGGGACUCAUGGAGCGCCUGCUGCUGACCCAUCCGAUGUGGUUCCUGCCGGGGAUCCAGCGCUCCGGGGCCGUUCAUCUGCUCCAGGGCAAGGAGGAGGGGACCUUCAUUGUACGUGGUUCCAGCCAGCCCAACACGAUGGCAGUUUCGGUGAGACUUCCCCAGGACACGGGUCCCUACAUCGAGCACUAUCUCAUUCAGUCGCACGACAAUGUCCUGAGUUUGGAGAGCUCGCGGUUUACGUUCGGCUCGAUUCCCUCGCUGAUUGCCCACUAUGCCCAAUGUUGCGAUGAGUUGCCGGUGCAGCUGAUGUUGCCACGUGUCCUGCGGGAGGCGAACAACCGGAAGAAGCUGAGCUCCUUGGCCCUGCUUGGCCAGGAGUUCUGGAGCUAUGCCAGCAGUCCGGCCCUCUUGGGUCCUCCCACGCCGACGGUUGCUCCUUCGAAGGACCAACACCUGCUGGAUGCCAAAUCGCCACUAUCGCUGACCGAAACCAGUGGCCUGGGCACGGCCACGUUUUUCAGCGAUGCUCUGACCAAGCCACCGCCCACUGGGGCCCCGCCCCUUCCGGGAGGCGGCGGCAGUAGUCUAUUCAGUCCCACCGGAAGUGGCCAAUUGCUGGGCUUCUUCAGCCAGGCGGGUACUCCCUCGGACACCACAAACUCGAGCCUGAGCUCCUUCACCACCAGUGGCGGUCAGCACUUGCAGCUGCUGAGUCCCAAUUCGGUAGAUUCGGUUAUUCUCACCAUGUCGCCGGUGGACAAUCCCGGUCAUUACUUGCCGGGCUCUGGGUCCUUAGCUCCCCUGUGUCCCCUGGUGGGUGACCAACAGCUGAGCACCUUUAAGGUGGCCCAAACGGCACCGGAGGUGGAUCAAGUGCGUCCACAGCGACCAAAGCCACCGAAUACACUGAAUCUCAAGCCACCGGCGCCACCAUUGCGCUGGUCAAAGCCGCACUCCCCGGAUCAGAAUGGAGGUGGAAAUGGAAAUGCAAAUGGAAACUUUACGGUUACCACCACGGUAACCUUUUCGAUGGAGAACGGUGUGGGCGGCGUCGGCAGUGGAGCGGCGGGAAAUGGUAAUGGCAAUGGGAAAUUCGUGGAGGUCACCACACCGGCGGCCAACAAUCCCUUCAAUGCGCUGCUCAACGGCCAGGCCAACACGUUUCAGACAUUCGCCAAGCGACUGUCGCCGGAGGGCGAGUGCAAGGACACGCUGUCCUCGCAGGGAUCCUCCUCGAACGACAGUCGCUGGCCGCCGACUGGUCGCAAGUUGCUCACCUCCCUGACCCCAGUCACCCCCAGCGUGGGCGGAGGUAGCAGCAGCAGCGGGGGCAAAUCCCGCAAGUCCAGGGCGGGCAAGGAGUCGCAGCACUACAAGGAGUCGGACAUCCUCGAGAGCCCGCCGCUGCAGUACUGCGCCAGUGCGCUGAGCGACAAGAUCAGCGACUACGAGGACGUCUGGUCGCACGAUCCCAGCGACCGGGCCAGCCUCCUCACCAGCUUCCGCCCGGCACCGGAUGCGGUGGGCGGCGUGAUCAACCGACGGCCCGAUCUGCUGGCCGAAACACCGAGCACUCCCACACCGACGCAGUCGACGCACCUGGCGCCCUGCGAGGAGGAAACCACUGGCACGGCCAAUGAAAGCUCGAGCCAGUCCCUGCUGCAGUUCUCCGGCGACGUUCCAGCCCGCUCCCGGGCGGGUCUGCUCCUGCCGAAUCUCUCGGGACUGGCGCCACCAGCCGCCAUGACCCAAUCCCUGUCGGCGGCGGAGGACGAUGGUGGCGAUACCACGCCCACGGCCGAAGGACAAACGCCCGCAGCCAGUCGCAGCAAGCAGGGCAGCCCCUUCUACGCGGAACCGGCGGAUGCACUGCGUCAGGCGGCCACCGCCAUCCUGCGGCGCCAGCGUCGCGGCCAGGUGCUGCACGCCGGUCAAAGACACUCGGAGCCGCUCAAAGCGGGCUGCGUGGGAUCCGGCAAUGGGGCGCUGUUGCAGCCAAGCGAGCUGGAGAAACUGGCCGGCAGCCUGGACGAGCUAAAGCCCAAGCCGAAGGCUUCCCAGCUGCAGCAGCAGCAGUCACAGCCGCAACAGCCCACCAAGCUGGCUGGCAAACGCAUCGAUCCGUGGCCGCUGGACAGCAGCUGGGAGUUUAUGGCCAAGCAGGAUACGGGAAGCCAUGCUGGCGGGGAUUACGAUGCGGCGGUGAUCGACUGGCAGGAGAAGGAGAACUCGCUGGGCCGGGAUAGUCGGGAGGGGCUGGGCAAGAAGCGCACGCUGACCAUCCACCAGAUCAUUGCCAAGCGUUUGCCCGACCUCAAUUUGCCGGAGCUCGUGCGCUGCUCAACGCCGCCGCAAGUGGCCGCCCUGCAGCCGCAUGUCCUGGGACAGGAUAAGGUCGGACUCGGGAGCGAGGGCAGCCAGAACGGCUGCAGGCUCUCCUCCUACGACAACGUCUUCUGCCAGAACUCUUUCGGGGGCAUCGAUUCGGCCCAGUCCGACGACGGCACCAUUUUCUCGGAGCCCUGGGACUCCACAUGGGACACCUUCAUGCCCAACGAUGAUGCCACCAUCAACUCGGACACCAUCCAUCUGUCCAAGUGCCGACCCGCUCUCUCCGAGGACGACACGAUCAUCGAGGAACUACAAAGCACCAAAGACGGCAGCAACAGCAGCUGCAACCAGGACACACUCAAGGCCAACAGGAAUGGUGCUGGACACCACAAGCCCAACAAUGCGGGCAAUGGCAAGGCCAACAGUCGACCCAAAGUGGCUACCAUUCUGCGGAACCCCAGCAUGCGGGAUCGUGAAGUUCUAUGUCACCCCCGCAACAAGAUGAGCAUCCAGAGCAGCGGCCCCGGCGACUCCCUGCGGGCCUACACCCUCCAGCUGGCCCAGGAUCCCAGCUCCACGUUCGCCCGCAACAUCGAGAACUUCAUCUGCUGCACGAAGGAGUCGCGGGAGGCGGCGCCCCAGGUGGUGAUGCGCAACAUGCGCCAGUUCAUGAGCGGCAUGAAGAACUAUCUGGUGAAGCACGGCGAGGGCAAGUUCCAUGCCGAACUGGAGACGGCGAGGGCGCGUCUCAAGUCCGACGAGUUCCUCAAUCUGGACGCCAUGCUGGAGACGGUGAUGCAUCAGCUGGUGGUGCUGCCGCUGCGGGAGCACCUAUACGGCAUAUUCGUGGAUCACUAUCAGCGCAGCGAGGACAUUCAGCUGCUGGCGCAGAAUGUGCGCUAUGCCUGCGAACGGGAGGCGGCCGACUUUGGCAUCCGGCCCACGGUGACGCCGCCAUCGCAGGCCGCCCUGCGACUCAUCGCCAACCUGCUGUGGCGCCUCCAGGAGGCCGAGCUGCCCCUGGACAAGCUGGAGCUCUUCCUGUGCGUCAUCUCGACGGUGUUCGAUGCCACCGGCUGUCCGCGUGGCCAGCAGCUGGGCGCCGACGACUUUCUGCCCGUGCUCGUCUACGUGGUGGCCAAGUGCGGAUUCGUGGGCGCCGAGAUCGAGGCGGAGUUCAUGUGGGGCCUCCUGCAGCCGACCCUGCUGAACGGAGAGCCGGGCUACUACCUAACCGCCCUCUGCAGCGCCGUCCAGGUGCUCAAGACCUUCAUGGCAUCCGAGGGUGAGAGCGGCACCGGAUCCCUGGACUGGCGCUCCAGCUGCCUGCCGGCCUGCUCCAGCGUGCUGCGCGUGAUCAUCCCCGACGAGUGCAACGGAUCCCUGCAGACGAGGACGCUGCCGGUGCGACCACACACCACCACCCGCGAGGUGUGCCGCAUCAUCGCGCACAAGGCGCGCAUCACGAACCCGCAGGACUACGCCCUCUUCAAGCUGGUCGACGGCGAGGAGACGCUGCUGACGGACGCCGAGUGUCCGCAGGAUGCCCGACUGGCGGCCAAGGGGAAGCACUGUAUGCUGGCCUACAAGCGGAUCGAUGCCAAGAUCGCCUGGCCGACUGCCCAGCUGGCAGGACACUGAUGCAGCUGCCCAAAAUGGCCAAAAUGCCCGGCAUUUGACGACAUACCAACCCGCCCUGCCCCUCUUGCUCACUAACCAAGCAUAUUUGAUUAAUAAUUUAUUAUUAUUACAUUAAAAUAUACUUAGUAGCCUGUAAGUAAAGCUAAUUAAUGCUAAUUAGAAAACAUAUAAUGUGUACUAAACAUCAGUAUUGAGUUAAGUGUGUUUUUUUUUUUCCUUGGCCCUCGGGUCGAGCCCCUUUUUUUUUGCUAAUAAAUAUACUAUGCGAAUAAUACAUAUACACACAUAUACGAUAUAUAAGCCACUAAGCGAGUAGAGAUGCAAAAUCUGCACAAACGGAGGAAGCGAGGAGUCAUCUAAACGAAUCUACACUCUAAACAUAUACGCAAACACGGGCAUACCAUGUGGUGAUGGUAUGGAUCGUGUGUGCCACCCUGGAGACCAAAAGCACAGUUCAACAAUCACAGCAACAAUCAAUCACUCAUUCAAUCAAUCAAUCUAGCGAUCUUGCGGUCAGUGCAUACCAUCAAACUACACAAAAGGCAUUUAGGUGUGAAUGGGUUUCGCGUUUUUUUUAAGAAGCUAUACCAUAUUAUAUUAAAAUAUAAACCAUUACAUUUUAAUAUUUAUGUUCAACUAAACACAGCUAUCAACCCUCGAGCUAUACAUAAAUACAUAUUUUUUUGUAUACUUUGUAAAAUAUGUGACACGUAAUCCAAAUAGCAAGCAAAUAAAUAACCAAAAUAAAA